AUGACGACCUCACGACCGCCCUCCAUCCGCCUCGCGCAGGCCACGACCAUCGCCCUCCUAACCACCACAGCCGGCCUCAGCGCCAGCCUCUCUUUAUUCGUCGCCCCCCGGCUCCUCGAGUCGCCUACACCUUUACUGACCCGCCAAUUCGGCGCCAUGGUCUCCGUCACACAACGGAUCCUCCCCGUCCCCCAGAUCCUGCUGCCGGGCCUCGCACACGCGUACCUGGCAUAUCAGCUCCCCGACAAGAUGCGCUCCUACGCCCUGGCUGCGGCCAUGUCGCUCAGCACCGCCGUCUGGACGUGGACUGUCAUGAUGCCCAUCAACCGCAAGAUGGGGCGUAAGAUCCAGGCUGUUGAUGCGGCGGCGGCGGGUAUGGCGGGUGCAAAGGAGAUAGACGAGAUACUGGCCGACGAGAUGGCGGGUGGCGAGGAGACGGCACAUGCGCUGGUUGAUAAGUGGGCGACGCGGAACUUGUACCGACCUGUCGUGGCGCUGCUGGCUGGUUGUAUGGGCCUGUACGCUGCGCUUUCGUGA